ACAAUGAAUUGAAAAUAGUUUUGUUUAAAAUAAUUUUAUUUGAAAGAUUCUCGAGAAUAUGCGUAAAUAUCAGCAGUUAUUGUUAUUAAUAAUUUCUUGCAUAAGUGUCGGUAUUUUAUUAAUGUAUAAAACCGAAAACAAUCGUCUUAAAGAUGUUUUACACGUUAUUAACUUUUUUGGACGGAAGGAUGCAGCUAUCCUUCGCCGUAUAGACAAUAUUAAUAAUUCGUCUCAUUAUCUGGUGGAUUUCAUACAUCCAUUACCGGUUUGGCAGUUAAUAGGUCAACAUUUCCAUGCAUACGCUGCAUACUGGAAACGUAACGAAUUGGUGGCAGGCGGUGAAGCUGUUGUAAUAGUCGUUGGCCGUCGCGGUGCCAUUCUAAAUUUUAAAUGUUCUGUAAAUUACGAAGCCAGUAAGAUAAACAAAGGCAAAUUUCGGUUUCAAAGGUUGGAUAAAGAAGGAAAGGAUGGCUUAAGUGAAUUUACCCGAUAUCGUUUUUAUUGCCGUAUAACAAGAGAUUUUGGUCAACCAAAAGGUGUUACGUUUACAGAAGUUACAGAUGCGGGUUCUACCCCAAAUGGACAUUCGAUUAAUCUAAGAUAUUUGAAAUUAACGAAUAAUGAGUCUAAAAAGCCGCCCAAUGUUGCUAAACCAAUAAGCAUAUGUUUGGAUUUGGUAAAUCAAGCAUACAAAAAUGGGACUUCAUUGGAAAGUCGGGAAAGGGAAUUAAUGCAAUUCUUCGUACAUCACUUCUCAUUAGGCAUAGAAGACUUUAUAGUGUACAAUGGCGACGAUUUAUCCAUGCAGCUUUUACUAAUUUUGGAACGUCUAAAUAUUAAAGUGCAUUUACUGCCUUUUAAUUUUCCCUAUUCCUACAAUAUUGAACGUAUUAGAAGUUUAGUGGAAACUGAUUGUUUGCUACGCAAUACCAAUCGAGCACACCAUACAUUACUUUUAACAGCUGAUGAAUUCUUUUAUCCUUCGACCAAGUUAUAUGAAGAGAAGUCUGUAUUAAAAUACUUAAGUCAUUAUACCAGUAAGGCGCAACGGUUUGAAUUACCUGUCUUUGCGGUUUGCAAGGAUCAAACCCAUAAUUUUUUAAUAGAUAACACUCUCUACGAUCCGGAAGUCAAGUUCAAACAUCAUUCGUAUGUAUACAGACUUUCACCGAAUAUUUUAAACGGCAGCACUGAAGAUCUAACAAGUUCGAGCAGUACUUUGUUAACCGUAAAUCGCGCCUUUGUCCAUCAUUAUUGCUCUUGCUUACAUGUGGGUAAAGAUGGUUUAUUCGACUGGCGAAAUUCAAUACGUGAAGACUUUACGAAGCAUUUACAAAGUCUAAAGAAUGAACUAAAAAUAUACAUUUAAUUCCCAUUCGUGCCUUUUGGCAUUUCCUGCAAUUCUUUUUGUUUUAACACCAAGCGGAUCGACAAUUACAAAGCAACUUCGGAGAGC